AUGGCUAACGAAGCCCAUAAAUCCAUCCCAAUUACCGUCUUCACAGGUUUUCUGGGUGCUGGAAAGACGAGCAUAAUUCUCUCGCUACUUUCUCGCCUGCCCGCAGACUACAAGGUCGUGUUGCUAAAGAAUGAAUUUGGCGACGUCCAAGUCGACAGCCAACUGGCUAAACAGUCUAGUCUCGCCGCUGUAAGUGAAAUACUCAACGGAUGUAUGUGCUGCGUGCUCGUCGGUCAAAUGAAAACCGCUCUGCUCGAAAUUCGAGAAAACUUCCGUCCUGAUAGGAUCAUCAUCGAAUGCUCGGGGUCUGCUUUUCCAGCAACUCUCGCUUUCCAGAUCCGCGAGCUUGAGAGGGAGACUGAGGCGGACCUCAAGCUGGAUGCCAUCCUCACUGUCAUAGAUGCGGAAAACUUUACCGGCUAUGAGGAUACUUCACCUACUGCACGCAUGCAAGCCAGCUAUACAGACAUGAUCAUCAUUAACAAAUGGGAGCAUGUCUCUGAACGCCAGCUUGAUAUCCUCGUCGACCACCUUAACACCCUCAACGACCUAACACCGAAGAUUAAAUGCGAGGAUCGGAACGGUGUGGACCCAGCAUUGAUAUUUGGCCUUGACUCGAAACUAUACCUGAAGAAGGACGAACUUACCCUCGACGCCAGUCAUCAUAACGAAGUGCAAGCCGUGACGUUUAUUGCAACCUCAACGCCAAACUCGACCCUAAUCACAGAAGGAGCUUUAUCUACCGCACUCGGCAAGCUUUCGAAAGAAGCAGUCUGGCGGGUGAAGGGCUUCGUGCGGACGCAAGAGGGUGUCCGCAUCCUGAACUGGGCCUUCGGCAGAUACGAAUUGACGCAAUCAUCCAAUACAGAGCUGCUAUUUGAGCAGGAGACGGUCAAAUUAACGGUCAUGGGCGAACGAGGCGAGGUGAAACGGGAGGCACGAAAGCUGGCGGAAGCGCUGGACGCAACUUUGUCUUGA